UUUUAAACAUUGGCCAAUGCCAUAGACGACGUUGGAUUGGAUACUUGAAAAUGAGAGGCUUCCUUAUAUGGUUGAUUGUGGCUCUGGCUAGCAGCUCAAUGGCAAAGGACUUAGGAGUUAUGAGGGUCGAUUUGAAAGUGCUCAAUGAUAGUACCAAAUAUGAGAAAAUUAAAAUGAAACAACUGCAAGAAUUUAUACUGGACAUUUUUCGUCGUGCUAAAGACGAAGUCAAGAGCAAUAUUUCUAAAUUACAGAAAGACCUGCUAAGUGAAAAACUGGAAUUGGCCAAGGUCUCAGUUAAGCUGGAGCGAAAGGCUCUCCUACUGCAGCACUGUCUAUACUCAGAUAAGGCCAACGAUGAUAUCAAGCGGAUUGCCAAGGAGCAGGCAGAUGAAAAACUGGAGUCAGAAGCUAAAAAAGAGUUGCGAGCAAAGUAUAACGAACUGCUAUUGGAUUUACCCAGACCAUCCCCUCAAGAAUAGAAAAACUGGCCACCUUUUAUGACUUUUUAAUGCCACUCCUUAGAAGGCCUGUUCUGCCUUGGAUUUCUUUUGUUUUCCAAAAAGUUUUCUCAAAUUAAUGAAUUUCUCUUAACUAUUAAAGUCCGAGAACGCAAACGAGUCGAUAAAGUGAAGUAAAAUAUAGGAGAGUUAUUAGAAGAA